CACCGUGGACCAGGUUUAUGUACACCGACUGCGGCUCAGCCAGUAUUACAUCAAGCUAUCAACACACACACCACGCUGUACCGCCUCCUUUAUAAUGGCCUGCUCGUAUUUAUUCACACUGUGAAGAGCUGGGAAGAAAACAAUGCCCACUUGGAGGUCGCCGGUCUCGAGAGUCAACACCGUGGCAUUUAAAGCUGAUUAAUAAAGGUUAAGAUCAUCUUCAAGUUAACGUUCCGAUUAACCCUAAGUCACCACACGCCUGAGCUGCACACCGACCCUCCAGUCCGAGCGAAGACGACCGAGUUAGUUCGUAUCUCUUCACUACAUCUGGGACACGUACGCUAUCCACGCGUUGGCUUGCAAAGGUAGGGUGAAAAUAACCACCUUAUAACCGGGCCAGCCUCGCCUGAUCCUGGGAGGAGAUAAAAAUAGCCUCUGCCCCAGUUAACACGCUACUCGCUCUCUCUCUGUGUACAGUUAAGGGAUUUACGCCGUCCACUAACAAUGCUACUCGGUUAAACGACUACGCACAAUAGCCGGCUUUAGAAAAUAAUACGGAAAUCCCGCAUCGGGCUUGCUGUUUCACCUUAAGUCCUCGUUAAAGCCCGUGUAAUUGAUGUAAGCUCUAGCUACAGGGUAUCGCUGAUGUAUGGCGUUGGAGUGGCUCGGCGACCCGCUACACAAGAAAGAUGCUCGCCACGAGCAGCGGACGCUGCAGCAACAACACGGCGAUACAAUGCAGACGAUCUUCACUAGUCCUUUACCUCCUCGCCAUUGUUGUUGUCUGCUUGGAGAUACGGCGUGGAGAUGGAGCGAGGAUUCUCGUCCACCCCCUCUCACAGUUUUUCAACUCUCGCCUGCUGAACAUGGAGAAGCUGUCCAUGCUGUUACGUGACCGUGGCCAUGAAGUGACGAUGUUGAUGGGGGACCAUUACCUGCCCAGGAACAACCUGACUGGAAUCUCCAUAGUUACCUUCAAGGUGUCGUCUGCUGACUGCGUGAGGGGCCUUGAAGUUGAGGAAGUAUGGAGGAUGCUACAGCUAUCAAAGCUACAAACCUUUCAACUGAUGCAGGGAAGAAUGCUAACGUAUUGUGAGGGCUUACUAGAAAACCGAGCCCUGCUGAAAUCUCUCAGGGACGCCAAGUUUGACCUUUAUUUAUUCGACUGGAUCGAAGCAUGCACGAAGAUUUUAGUGGAUUAUUUCAACGUGCCUUCAAUAAUGUACUCUAACUACGGCUUAACGAACAGCUGGCCUGUAUUUGGAACGCCGAGCCCCUACGCUUUCGUGCCCGACAUCGGGACAGGCUUCUCUGAUAAAAUGUCAUUCAAAGAGCGUCUAAUUAAUACCAUAGUGAGUAUACUAGGGGAGCUGAUUGUAGACCCCACUCGCCAUCUACAGGUGUUAAGGGACCGCCAUUUCCCCGACUUUCCCUGGGGCAAUGACGUCGGAAGGGGGUUCGACAGGGUAUCCCUUGUCAUUUCCGCGAACACCCAUUAUGGGUUUGAUUACCCCAGGCCACUGAUGCCUCAUAUUAUCCCCAUCUCGGGGCUCGUCUGGACGCCGCUUAAACCCCUCUCAUCAGAUCUCCAGAAAUUCGUCACGGAAGCAGACGACGGGGUGAUAGUGGUCAGUUUCGGGACUCUGAUCCCUAAGUACGACCCCAAGUUUGCGGAGGUCCUAGCCAACGUGUUUUCUCGCCUUUCUCAGCGGGUCUUGUGGCGUUACGUCGGGGAGCUCCCACCUGGCCUGGGGAAGAACGUAAAACUCUUAGAAUGGCUUCCACAAAAUGACCUCUUGGGGCACCCGAAUGUCAAACUUUUUGUCACCCACUGUGGGGCCAGUAGCACGUGGGAGACCCUGUAUCACGCUGUGCCCGUCGUAGCCAUACCUCUGUGGGCGGAUCAACAAGCGCACGCACGAAAACUAACAGAACGCGCCGAAAUCGGCGUGCAGCUCGACAUGAACACACUGGACGAAGCAGCACUGGAAAAUGCAAUACAGGAAGUAUUAAACAAUCCAAAAUAUCAAACAAACGCAAAGAGAAUAUCCUCAAUUGUCAGAGAUCAACAAAACGACCCACAGGAAACGUUUUUAUACUGGGUUAAUUAUGUGAUUAGACACAAGGGGUCUCUGCACCUCAGAUCCCAAGCAGCGGCCAGCUUGUCUUGGUAUCAGUAUCUUUUACUGGAUAUUGUUGCAUUCCUAGUUUUAUGUGUCACCAUUGCGUUGACUGUGUUAUACUUCCUAUGUAGACUGGUAUGGACGUGUGUGUGUUGCAGAUUAUACAAAUCAUUGCGGAGACAAGCUCCUCUUGAAAUCAAUGGACCCGGGCGCCAUCUGACGGAAAACCCCAAUGGGGUGUGCAAAAAGAUAAACUGAAGUAUAGCUGUCAUUAAUUUAUGGAGAGUUAUUUAUGUUCUGUGCAACUAGGUGUAAAUUAAUUAAUCAUGACAAGUCGAGUAUUAUAUUGAAUUUGUUUAUCGAAAUAUUGGCGAUAUUGAUCUUAUAUCGCGCAAAACUUAAUCAUUUCUGUGUUCGUGGAUAUGCGAUUUUUUUAAUUGUAAGAUUGUAAUAGGUCCAGUUAACGCAAACUGUGAAAGGUUUUGCGUUUGAUGCAAUAGACAAACUUACGGGUAGUUAUACAGUGUCGCAAAAAAUUAUUGCUAUAGACUUCAAUCACAGUGUAUUUUCAAAAGAUUUCCCUUUUUUGUACACCUGUCACGUAUAUAUAUAUUUUUACUCAUGACUUCAAGUUUGUGUAUUCUACACACAAUUUUUGUAAUAUGGUUAGUGCCUGCAGUCUUCUAAACAACGUCGGGAUUUUAUCACCAUGUGAUAAACUCUUAAUACAAUUUUGUUAGGAUAAACUAGGGCAGGAUUGAACUGUUUCUAACACAAUGGGAGCGAAAUACCGCAAACCACACCCAAAUUAUUGAAUUAUUGAAUGUAACAAUAGUUCUGCGCGACACUGUACACAUUAAGAGUGAUUUAAAUGUGUGAUGUUGUUGUUGUUGUUGUUGUUGUUGCUUUGUAGACACUGACAUGUGUUGUGGAAGUGUGCGGCAAUGUGUUUUAUCUUCUGUGUAUUGUAAGACUGGGUUCCAUAAACUUAAUCGUUUUAGCGGCUUAAAUGCCUGUCACGUUCACUGAAGCUGCUGGGGGGGAGGGGAAGGCCUAUUAACCUUCGUGCUCUCUUGUCCCUCUAGUUUUUAACAUAGAACCUCUUGAUGGAGUGCUCAUCUUUAUAUUUGUAAAUGUAGAUAAAUACGGCAUAAUUCACUUAACAAUGUACGAGUCAAGUGCAAAGUUUGUAUCAGUUCAAACUAAAACUUAAAUUUGUUUUACGUGUGACUGCUGCACACCUAAAACCAGGAAUCUGUGACUGUGGUAUUGCAUUGGCGCUUUUACACUGAAGCGAGAUCCGCCAUUCUCGAUGGAAACCCUCGUUGCAAUAUGUAUAACGUAAUCUUACCUCAGUUAAAUGUGAACACUGCCUAGUAUGAUAUUUGACUUGCCAGGGAGGGAAGUUAUAGAUGUUAAAAUGGAUAUCGUCCACGGUUAAAAGCAAGUGGAAACGGUUAAUCUUGUAAUAUGGCUAUGAUGCAGUCAUUAUGAAAGGUUUUUUUUUAAUAAAAUUUAGCAUAGGUUUGCCCAUGGGAAUUGUAUGCAAAACUAAAUGCACAUUACUAAAAUCAUUCUCAAUUAUUAUUAUAAUUAUUAUAUACUCACUUCAAUGUAAAUUCAUAUUUCUCAUUCACUGCGCAUGCGUGGUCUGUAUAUUUGUCAUUCUUGCUGACGCAGUGCUAAUAAUUCAUAGAAUUUUUAUUUAUACUGACGAUUUUUUUAUUAUUAAACGUGUUUUUGUA